CGUCUCCAUCCCUGGACCUACACAACUUACAUGCAAAAACUCGUAUCCAUCCAAAUAAGUUGGAUCACAAUGGCAACUCAAAGGAUUUUCCUCAUCACUUUGAUGCUGGUGGCCCUAAUAGCCAUGCCGGUGGUGGCACGGCCAGCAUCGAGAAAACAAGAGGUGAAUGCAUAUGAUGUCAAGGGGGCACCAAAGGCCCUCCAUGCUGAAGAGGGAAAAGAGGCUGCUGGCCCUUCAUCGGAAAAGGUUAGCACUUCCAAGUAUUCUGAUGCCAUCAUUUCCGAAGCUGCGUCCAAGGCCCACAUGGCGGCAGCCGAAAAGGACAUGAAAGAGGCCCAAGUUGCCAACUCGCCUGAAGAGGCCCAAGUUGCCAAGAAGGCUGCUGCUAAGAACAUAGUCGCUGCAAUGGUGAAUACCUUCCGGGGUGCCGCAGCUGUUGAACCUACUGUUGGCGAUGCCAUGGAGCAAAAGGAGGCUGGCGCUAUAUCCGCCGCGGGGGCCAAGGCAAAUGAUGUCAGCGAUGCACCUACGGGAGAUGUGGCUUCCAAGUAUUCUGACGCCAUUAUUUAUGAUGCUACCUCCAAGGCCCGUAUAGCCGCAGCCGAAAAGAACAUGAAAGAGGCCCAAGUUGCUGACUCGCCCGAAGAGGCUGCCGUUGCUAAGGAGGCUGCUUCUAAGAACAUAGUAGCUGCAAUGGUGGAUGCCUUUCGAGGUGCCGCAGCUGUUGCACCUACUGAUGCAGAUGCCACGGAGGGAAAGGAGGCUAGCACCAUUUCAGCCGAGGAAAAAGAUGCCAGCGAUUCACAUACGAAAGAUGUGGCUUCCAAGUAUUCUAACGCCAUUAUUUCUAAUGCCGUGUCCAAGGCCCACAUACGCGCGGCCGAAAAGGACAUGAAGGAGGCCCAAGUUGCAAGCUCACCUGAAGAGGCUUCCGUUGCUAAGAAGGCUGCUGCUAAGAACAUAGUCGCUGCGAUGGUGUAUGCCGCACAAGAUGUCGCAGCCGUUGCACCUAGUGUUGCAGAUGCCACAACGAAAGAUGGUGUUGGCUACAAAGCGUGAGCGCAGCUCGGACUAACUUCCAAUCAUAUAUGCUCUAUAUGUGCAUGGACGUGGUUGCGGAUUUAAAUAUUAUGCUCAUUUGAUCAACAACACGGGUGCAUUGGAGCAUCCAUAUAUUGUUCAUUUAAUAAUUCUUUUGUACUAUCUUUUACACUAGCAUCAUCUCUAGCAUGUUGUAAUUUAUUGGGAAAUAUUUCAUUAAUAUUAAGAUUAUGCGAUAUAAAA